AUGGGCACCUGGAGAAAAAUAUACGUGGAUGAUAAAAUCCCAGUGGACAAAUCGGGAAAAAUUCUUCUACCAUCUUUUGUUUUACCGAAACUUGAACCCCCUCCACCGCCCAAACCAGAACCACCUAAAGGAAAAGGCAAAGACAAAAAAGGGAAAGGAAAAGACAGUAAAAAAAACAGCAAGAAAGACAAGAAGAGCAGCAAAAAAAGUAGCAAGAAGAGCAAGAGCAAAAAAAGCAAAAGCAAAAAAGGCAGCAAAAAAUCAAAGAAAUCUGGAAAGACAAUCGAAAUCGCGGUUAAAGGUCCCGACACUAUAGAAUUGUGGCCGUAUUUGCUGUCAAAGGCAAUUUUUAAAGUCGCCAGCUUAACAUGGUUUGACGAUAAGGAGAUUGUUGAUUUUGAUGUUGUGCAAUGCUUUACGGGAUGGAUUCCUCAGAAAGUCCCAACAAAAGGAUUAAGUUCGUACGAAAUUUGGCAAAUAUGCACGGCGUAUGGCGAUCACUUUGCGUGGCCGGGAGAUAAGAAAGGACCUGCCAAAAAAGGGGGUAAAGGUAAAAAAGGCAAAAAAGGAAAAAAGGAUAAGAAGGGCAAAAAAUCUAGUAAAAAAUCCAGUAAAUCUUCAAAGAAAAGUAAAAAAUCCGAUAAAUCUUCAAAGAAGAGCAAGAAAAGUAAAAAAAGUAAGAAAUCAGGAGCUCAAGACGAGGAAGAAGACGAUGGUGUAGUCUGGAACCAUGUGGUUGCAUGUUGCAAUGAUUUGAGGUAA